AUGGUAGCGAGUACAAAUGCUUCGGCUACACAUGUCAGUUCAAGCACAACCACAACCACAACCACAUCAAACACAUCAAACACAUCAAGCACUGGCAGCACGUUCUCAUUUCUCAAGCUGAAAUGGAGAACCUCCAAAGAUCCGAAAUUAAACAUUAGACAAAGACUACCAAAUUCAGUAGAUGAUAUCGAAAGAGAUUGGGUCAGACAUAGCGCUCUUAAGCUGGCUUUUGAGGGUGAUUUCAAGGCUCCAAUUCAAAGAUUAUUGCAAGCGGGUGGAAGUGAAGUGUUAGAUAUUGGAUGUGGUGCAGGGUUUUGGUCGAGUGACAUGGCAUCCAAAUAUCCGAUAUCGUAUUUUACAGGCAUUGACAUUGACAAAAAUGUGUUGCCCACAAGUUCGCUUUCCAAAAAUGUACUCUAUCAGCGUAUUGAUCUGAUUGAGCUUCCAUUGCCAUAUGAAGAUGCUACGUUUGACUAUAUAUUCAUACGGUCCAUGAUGGAUACACUACCAGACUCCAUGUGGGAUAAUGUGCUGAAGGAGCUAGUACGCAUUAUGAAGAAGGGAGCUUAUAUCGAGUGUGUAGAAGCAUAUGAUAAUCUAUUUGAUGCAGGACCUAGUAUGAACACACUAAAUCAAUUAAUUCAAUCAAGUAUAAAACACCCUCCUCAAUCGCCCACUACGCCAACAUCUGCAUACAAUACGUUGACGUCAAACACAUCUGCCACUUCACAAUACAAUCCGUGGCCCAACAGAAUUGCUAAUAUGAGUCAAUUGAUUGGCAUGCAGAUCUAUCACACACACACGCCUGUUGGUAUCUAUGGCGGCGCAGUUGGGUCGUUGCUAUUGGAGUAUUGGGAGAGGAUCAUCAAGGGCUUUCGAAGGGAUUGGAUCACCAACAAGCUCAUUGCCGAGGACGAACUAGAAAAGACAGUGGAAUCCAUGAAGAGCGAAGUGAACGAAUACAACACAUACAUGUCUUGGUAUUCUGUUGUAGCACAAAAAAAGGGUUACAGUGGACCCACCAUUCAAUUUGACGACGUUGAUGAUUUUGAUAUUGUACAUACACACAUAUUUUAA